CGCAUUUUCUUGUGUCCCAAACAUAUUUGGUAUAAUCCUCAAUUAUAUGUCCCUCUAUAAAUAUACCCACACAUGCAUUGGUACUUUUACAAUUCAUCAACGUCUCAAAGCAAAAUAAGCAAAAAUGAAAAAGGAAGGUCGUCAACACGGCUUCGUUCGGACCGGGAUGAUUCAUCCGCCAGGAUUUAGUCCAAGACCCUCCAACCAAUUCGUGAACCGGCUUGAUUCGCCACCGGGUUCAGGAGAAUCUACCAAAGUGCCAUCAAAACCUACCAAGCAUUCUAAAUUUACAGGAAAAAAUGAGCGUUCCAAGUAUACCAAUUGCCAUGUGUCGCCGGCUAUGAAGUCUGCUGACACAUCCAAGGGUCGCCAAAAGUUAAAGUCAACAGAUUGGUGGGUUGAUGAUCAGCUAGACCGGCUCACCGGGUCGGGUGCGUCCUCAGCUAGAGAUAUUUUGGAUACAAUAGGUGGUGAAGAUUAUGGUGGUCAUGAUUAUGAUGAUGACGAUGAUUGUUAAUCAUUUCAUCAAGAAACUUGAAAGUUAUUUUUUCUUAUAUGCUUGAAUUAGAUAACAUGUGUAAUACCAGUUACGAAAAGAAAAAUGAAACAGCUAUUGAAAAAAAGAAGAAGAUAUUUUCGUGUCAAUGCAAAAAUUGAUUUGAAUGAUAAUGUGCAACAUUAAGUUAUUUUCUCCAGACGAGGUAGUCCAAGUGGCAGGACGGGCCUGUGGUGGCAACCACCAUCCGGGUUCGAUUCCCCCCCAUGCGGAAACUACCCUGCCUCUUCUGGACACCAAAGCGGUAUUGGGUUCGAUACAGCCCAGGUAAAGCCCUCCCAGGUGAAGUGGACCGCUGCCUGACCGGGCCCAGGAGAAUGACCCGUGAAACGGGAAACCCCUGGAUUAUCAAAAAAAAAAAAAAAAAAACAUUAAGUUAUUUAGUACAACAAUACAUGAUGUCAAAAAAAAGUACAACAAUACAUAAAACAUGAAGGGCAAGGACCCAAACCUGAAGUAUUGUAUUCAUUUCUCUGACGUGAUAAUAAAUAGACUAAUCCAACAAUCAUCUUUAUAUCCUCCUGAGUGAUUUAGGAAUGUUCAUUACAGAGAAGAUUAUGGAAACUAAAAUCAAAAGCUAUUACUCUUGAUCAAAGUUUUAUUGUCCAGAUGUGAAUAUCUGAAUACUAUCAAUUACUUUACUUUGGAACAAAAUAAUUAAAAUUAGGUUUAGAUCUGAUUCACUGGAAUGUGUACUAUUUUCAGUGGUUUUUUCAAAGGAAUAAUAUUUCUAAUUAUUUCUGUUUCUUUCUUAUAAGUCUUGUUAUUUCUUGCUUAAUAAACCCUGAUUACAUUUUUUUUAAAGUUUCUUUUCAAAUGUUAUUUUUAGUUUUGAUAAAAAAGGUUUAAUACUACUUCUUUUUACAUCGGUUAAAUAUAUAUAUUUUUUGAAUAAAGGGCAAAGGAUUACAUAGUAAAAACUGAUGUGGAUGUACAUAAAUUGUUCUCUACACGAUAAAGGAAAGUUAACACACAAAAAAAAAGGAAGACAAGGCCAUGAAGGAAUUGCUAAAUUAAAAAAAAAAUUGCUAACUAAAAUCAUAAAAAACUCUAAGACAGAUUACAACAGUUACGUUGGUAUAUAGUAAUGCACAUGCAAAACGUAAAUCAGUAAGUAUGAAGAUUCGUAUAUGGUAAAUAAAAAAGCAUAGUAAAUUGAAACCUUUUUUCAAAAGAAAAGAAAAUUCAUAGCUAACUAUGUAUAAUACACAAACCAAACCACUUUUAAACAUGUACAAAGCUUCAUCAUCAAAUAAACAUGUUCUUAAAUAAUCCCAGCAAUGGAAUAUCCAAAUCAAAAGAUAUAUCCCACAGUCACAAAUCUGUCCCGGGUAAAACAAUAUAUGAUCUGCCAUUAAGACACCUCAUUGUUCUGUAAGAAAAUAUCAAGAACCAAGUCCAAAACCAAACCCACAUGACAGAGAAGUAAAAUGAGUCAAAAGUAAAUAAUAUUGAAGAGAAACAAAUAAAAAAACACUCUUCAAACAACCAACAACAAAUUGACUGACCACAUAAAAAAAACCAUUCA